CAUGGUCUACAAUGAUAAUGGUAAGCCAUUGGGCAUCCGAUUCUACUCCUUUGGAAGUGGGGAAGAAGACGUAGAGAUCAUGGACGCCAGGAUCAUCGAGGGAGGGGCCGCAGGACAGAUGGAAUGUACAGGGGGAACUGUCAUGAAGGACGGCAUGUGUGUGGAAGACUGUCAUCCGGAAUGCAACGGAUGCAUUCCAAAGUCUCCUGGAUCAAAGCUCGACACCGAAUGCCGUUUGUGUCGGCACUUUUCUAUUCGCCUGGAAAAUGGAAAUACCCGAUGUAUGGCAGAAUGUCCGCCUGGACAAAAAGCGGCUGCAAAUGGUGUGACCUGCAUAUGUGAGGACUUUUCCAUCCUUGACGAUGAUGGACAUACCCGAUGCGUUUCAACGUGUCCUGUCACUACCCAUCAAAUGGCCGCCGAUGGCGUGACCUGCGAACGUAAGUGCAACUUGUAUGCCCCUGUGUAA